AUGGAGAUCCCCACCGCUGUCAUCCACCGCCUCCAGUCUUCGCUCCGCGAGGCCACCUUCGCCCCUUCUGCAGAAGAUGCACCCGCCCCUCCCUUCCCCUCCGUCGCCGACGCCGUCGCAGCCUUCGACUCGGGCGCCGCCUCCGUCUCGGCGGAGCUCCGAUGCGUGCGCUGCGGGGCGGCGGGAGGGCUCCUGCGCGGUGCGCAGUCUGCACUCUGCGCCUACUGCGGGUGCCCCAGGCGCGGGGACGAGGCAGAAGGUGGUGGAAGCGGCGGCAUCGCCUUCCGUGACGGCGCGGCCUACCGGUGGCUGCUCGGCUCGCUUGGACUCGACGGAUCCGAGUUUGUAGAAUUCGAUACUGACACUACAGCUUCAAAUAAAAGCAAGGAUGCACCACCACCAAACAGUGGGAUGAUCAUAUCUGAUCUACUGGACUUAAAAAUCACUUGCCUCCCUGAAAAUAAGGAAACAUCUGCAGGUUCCAUAAUAAAGGAGCAAUCAUCUUCUGUGGAUACACUAAAUUUAUCUGCUGCUAACCUAGAUUCAUUUUUUGUUGAAAGAAAAGAAGAGAUGACUUCUGCUUCUCUUCCGCAAACUCAUAAUGUGGAGCAGGAAAAGAAAAGAACUGAUAGCAAAAACCAUGAAUCUAGAUUGGAGGUGCAUGCUGCAUCUAAAAGCUUAAUUAGUUCUCAAAGAACAAAUCAGAUUGAAGCUACUCCAGCAUUUGCAAGUUGGGAUGCUGAUUUUCAGUCUGCUAGUUCAGAAAGUGCUGCCAAAAACUCCAAGCAACCUGAUCUGUUUAAGAGCUCUUCUGAGGCCGAGUCUUCUAGUUUCCCAGCUUCAGAGACUGCCAUCAAACCUGUAGUAGGUACUGAAAAUAAAACAAAUGCGAGAAGUGCCAUCCUGGAACAUCAUUCAGAAGAUUGGGCUUCAGCAAGUGGCACAUUAUUUGGUGAUGACCUUUCUAAUCAAAAGGUUGCCCAGCCUAUCUUUGAGAGCAACAGUGCUCCUGAGUUCACUGAAUCCUCUCUCCACAUGAAUUUUGCUAAGAGCGAUCAGUUACAUGGAAGGGAUGAUACUGGAGUCAAUGAUGAUGAAGCUUUUGAUGAAUGGCAAGAAUUUACAGCAAGUGGUAAUCAGGGCAGCCUAUCAAAUGCAGGAGAACAUAUGGAGGAACCUUUAAAGAGAGAUUCAUCUGAAAAGGAUGUAAUAGAUCCCUGGCCAGUAGGCAACAAGGAAUCACCCGAUAAUGUUAUUGAAGACUCCUCGGAAUGGCAAGCUUUUGCUUCUGUGUCUGGUCAAGGAAGAGAUUUUGUGACAUCUGUGGAGCGAUCAACAAGUGGCCACGGGCUAAAUUUGGUGAGACCAGUUGUUGUUGAAGAGACAAUGAGCAACAUCUCGCAUCAACAUUCUUCAGAAAUUAAUCCUGUUGAUCUGUGGCCUGUGGGUAAUGUUGAAGCACAAAACGCUGCAGAAAUGGUUAAGGAAACAAAUGAUUCUUUUGACGAUUGGCAAGAUUUUACUACCACCGGUCAAGUCCAGGACACUUCGUUGAAUCAAACUGGGGACAUGAUGGAGGUCCCAAAAGCCAGUCACAAAGAAACAGACAUGGACUCAUGGUUCAUUGGAAAUUUUAGUGAGCCAGCAAAUACUGGUACCGUGAAUGAAAAUAACAUGUUGGACGAUUGGCAAGGUUUCACUGGUUCAGAUCAAGCACAGCCAAAUUCAUCUAGCACCGGUGCAGAAAUGAUAGGUGUUCCAUUUGAGCAGCAUGAUGGAAGUGUUUCUGUCCAAUCGUGGGCAAAUGCCAGUAGUAAUGAUGCCGCAAAAACAUCCUCAACAAAUGUAGAAAGUGACACAUUUGAUGUUUGGCAAGAUUUUACUAAAUCAGGUCAUCUGCAAGAAAACAUGUCUAGUCUUGGGAGAGAACCGAGUAGUGUGUCACCUGAACCAGCUAAAGAAAAUGAUUCCUUAGAUUUGUGGCUUACCAGCAACUUCAAGGAGUCUAAAAGCAGUGAUGUUGUUGGGAGAACUAAUGCCUCAUCUGAUGGAUGGCAGGAUUUUGCCAGUUUUGAUCAAGCUCAGAGAAGUACUAAAAUUCCUGUGGAAGGGCACCUUGUGAAAGAUCCUUCAGUGGCCGAAACUAUGGACUUAUGGGCCUCAAGUCAUGCUAAUGAAAAGAACCUUGAACAGAUAAGUGAAAAUAAUGAUCUAUUCGAUGACUGGCAAGAUUUCCAAAACUCCCGUCCACAGCAAACAACCUUACAAGUUUCUUCAGAUGCUUCAUUCUUACAAGUUUCUUCAGAUGCUUCAUUAUUUGAUACAACCUCAGCAUCAAGGCCUGAUGCUUUUGGAGGGCUGGAGUUUGGGAGUGUUUUGCAGUUAGCUUCAUCCGAAAACUUAAAGGAUAAAAAGGAGGCUUCUAAUGAAGCAAAAGAAUUUCUAUCUGAUGACCUCUUGAAAAGCACAAACAGAAUACAGCAGAUGGGUGAUAUUGAUUCGCUAUCUUCAUUAUGGCCAACUAAUAAACCAGAGCCUGCUAAUACAAAUGUGGAACAGUUGCUUGCUCAGAUGCAUGAUCUGUCCUUUAUGCUCAAGGAUGAACUUUCGGUCCCUGAUAAACCCAUCGAUCAUUCGAAACCCUGA